ACUGGCUGCUCCCCGGCGCCGAGCUCCCCGCUCCCCGGGGAGGGAUAAAGGUCCUGGGGAGGGAAAGCGUGGGGGGGGGGUGCACACCUCCGUCCAGCCUCUCGAAUCCGCAGCGUCCUGUCUGGUCCGCAGCAUCCUCUCACGGCCCUCCCCCUUCCCCCGGAGCGCGGAUGGUAUGCUCCGAAAUCUGCCUGGCCCCGGGGCCCGCAGUGGAUGUUGCUAGAACCCACGCGGAGGAAGGAAGAGGAGACGCAGGCAGGCUGUGGUGACCCAAGCGGCCGCCUCUGCCUCAGCGACCCCUUCCCUCGAGAGACGGCACCAUGACCCAGGGAAAGCUCUCCGUGGCUAACAAGGCCCCGGGGACCGAGGGGCAGCAGCAGCAGGCGGCACAUGGUGAGAAGAAGGAGGCCCCAGCAGUGCCCUCGGCCCCACCUUCUUAUGAGGAGGCCACUUCUGGGGAAGGACUGAAGGCGGGGGCCUUCCCCCCAGCCCCCACGGCUGUGCCUCUCCAUCCAAGCUGGGCCUAUGUGGACCCCAGCAGCGGAUCCGGCUAUGACAGCGGUUUCCCUGGCGGACAGCAUGAGCUGUUCACCACCUUCAGCUGGGAUGACCAGCAAGUUCGCCGUGUCUUCAUCAGAAAGGUCUAUACCAUCCUGCUGGUCCAGCUGCUGGUCACUUUGGCUGUUGUGGCUCUCUUUACCUUUUGUGACACCGUCAAGGACUAUGUCCAGGCCAACCCAGGCUGGUACUGGGCAUCCUACGCUGUGUUCUUUGCAACUUACCUGACCCUGGCUUGCUGUUCUGGACCCAGGAGGUACUUUCCCUGGAACCUGAUUCUGCUGUCCAUCUUUACCCUGUCCAUGGCCUACCUCACUGGGAUGCUGUCCAGUUACUACAACACUACAUCUGUCCUGCUGUGUCUGGGCAUCACGGCCCUCGUCUGCCUCUCGGUCACCAUAUUCAGCUUCCAGACCAAGUUCGACUUCACCUCCUGCCAGGGUGUGCUUUUCGUGCUUCUCAUGACCCUGUUCUUCAGUGGGCUCCUCCUAGCCAUCCUCCUGCCCUUCCAAUACGUGCCCUGGCUCCACGCGGUGUACGCCGUUCUAGGCGCGGGGGUGUUUACAUUGUUCCUGGCAUUUGACACCCAGUUGCUGAUGGGUAACCGGCGCCAUUCACUGAGCCCUGAGGAGUACAUUUUCGGAGCCCUCAACAUUUAUCUAGACAUUAUCUACAUCUUCACCUUCUUCCUGCAGCUUUUUGGCACCAACCAAGAAUGAGGAGCCCUCCUCACCCCCAGCUUCCUCCAGAGAAUACCCCUUCCCAGUCCUGCAAACCUUCCAGUGAUCCCGCAAGGCCAGACAUAAACUCGCUGCAGCCAGCCUGUGAGCUCCGUCUGCAGCCUGUACACACGCCAUCCUUUGGAGCCCCAAGGAACUGAGGCCACAUCAUACCCUCUGCUGCACCUUGGCCCCUAUUCCAUCUUCCAAAUGGGACAGUCAAGGCUGAGGGUCCCUGAGGAGUUUAGGACCCAAGGAACAAGUGGGAGGAGCCCAGAAGGACCUUAGCAUCACAAAGACCCCAGGAAGCCUGGCUGAGACUGUGACCCCAAGACUUCUCCUAGGGCUGCCGCAUCCGGGGACCCAGGGCCACGCUGUCCUGAGCCCAGCUUGUACCUUCCUCUCUGUGUUCCACACUGUGAGGAAGGGAUCUGAGAGGCCAUGGCUGGAACAUGAGGGUGGCGUGCUGCUCAGUGAAGAUGAAACCAUCCCAGGCUUAGGCAUGACUCCCUUCUAGAACCAUGGCUUGUUCUGGGCAGCUGGGCCCCAAGGCUAAGGAAAGGGGCAGGAAGCCAGGCCAUCUGCUUCUGGCCUCAGUUUGCUCUCCUGGGUCAUGAGACAGGGAUCCUGAUGUUCCUGGUCUUCCAGGCAAGUGAUGAAGAGGGAGCUUACUGGGGAGGGGGGAGGGGCUGAGUUCAGCAGCAUGGGCAAUCCACCAGACUGUAUCCCCGGGAAAGGCACCUGUGGUUGCAGGACUAAAGCCCUCAUCUUCUCUCUUCCAUCCUCACCACCGCCCCCCACCCCAUGCUGCUCCCACAGGACUGAGGAGGAAUGGCGGGGAGGCUUGGAGGCGAAGGGAAGCAGAUCUAGCUGUGAGAGCAGCCCUAACCCAAGAUAGCACCAGAGUCCCUUCCACAUCUCUUGUUUUCUAAGCCCUGCCCCAUCGGCCUGCCACUUGCUGGCGUAUCCCCAGCCAGGCCUCCUGAGGCCUGAGGAGUUGACAACACCCACGUCCCUUCCCCCAACUUCCCUGACCACUCACUGAGCCCGCAGUCACCAAGCCCUUAUCUACGUAUCUCUGCAGUUUGGAAGUUGUCCAGCUAAUGCUCACAGCCAGGGCCAAUCCCUUGAGCCGGUCCCAUGUGAUGAUGCCAGGGCUCCUUAUCAGCCUCGCGGCGGCUGGGAUCUCAAGCACGGCGUGCCCGUGUGCCCGUGUGCGUCAGCCACCCUGUCCUGGCCAAGUGCCUGCUGGAGAGAAGACCCGUGGGGGCCACACCUGGGGCACCAUGCAGCCGGCCUAUGCACGUGUCCAGCUUUGGGCCAGUGGAAAGUUACCGAGUGGAGGCAAGAAGGCUCUGAGUGGAGGCUGGGGGCUCUGUUGGCCCCUAGAAAAGUGAACUAUGUACCCCACUUAUCUAUUCCUGACCCCGUUCCUCAGCACCCCUACUUCUAGCUUUCAAGAAAUAUUGCAGAAGAUCUGAA